AUGGGAAACGGAGCCAAAGCCGCCACCAAGCGUGAGCGCAACGCCAAGGACACCAAGACUGCCGGCAAGUCGCAGUUGAAGAGUAACGAAGCUGCCAAGGACAUUAUUUGCCAGGUGUGCCGGUCGACUUUCCUCAAGACUACCCGGGGGCCUGCUUUGACGGAACAUGCUGCCAACAAGCACAACAAGACCCUGCAGGACUGCUUUCCCAACUUUGUGGAUGUGCCCAAGAAAUGA